CAUGAAAAGCAAGCACCUCUGCUUGUAGAUCCCUUUAAACAAAUUAAAAUGAAACCAGUGCGAGAAUGUACAGUGAUGUCCUUGCUGUUGGUCUCUGGCUUAGAGCUGUCCCUGGAUGGAGAGAAGUAUGUGGAUGAGGAGAUGAAGAGGGCGCUGUUCGGCGUGAAGCAGAUGAAGGAACUCAUGGAGAAGAACGAGCAAAAGCACCUGCACCUCAUGAGGUCCUUGAAACACAGCAGUGAUAAGAAAAAGGGGGCAAUGGAGCUUGCAAGGGAGGUGGAGCAGAAGCUUGGGGAGGCUGAGGAGGAGUGCAGGGAUGCCCUGAAGACCUCCUGGGAGGAGUGCAGGCCCUGCCUGGAGGACGCUUGCAAGACCUUCUACACAUCCACCUGCCGGCGCGGCUUCUCCUCCUUCUCCUUUAAGGUGGAGGAGUUCUUCCGCAAGUCCUUACAGUUCCAGUCCGAUGAGAACCAGGACCUGAUAUACAACCAGAACUCGGAGAACCUGGACACAGAGCUGUUGCAGGUGGAGGACACCUUCAGUCGGCUGCAGCGCAAAGUCAGCGCCCUGUACGAAACAAGCCUGGCGCUGAUCACCAAGAUGCACAAGGAGUUCGAUGCCGCCUUCCGGGCGGCCUUCACCGCCAACCUGCGGCCCAAACCCCUCUCUCCGCCCCGGGAGGCCCUGGACUUGGGCUUCCUGCAGGGCAUUGGGCUGGAUGACGUCCUGGACUCCUUCUUUGACUUCGGGAAGAGCGUUUUCGAGGAGUUCAGCUCUGUGAUCACGGAGGUCUUUGACGACAUACAUGAUGCUGUGCAAGAGGAGGCGGAGCUGCAAAAAGGUACCCCUGCAUUUAGAUGAAGUCAAAGUAAGAAACUGUGCAGAGAUCUGCGCAGACAGACGUCCGAGUGCUGGCAGCUGCAGAGCCGCUGUGAAUCCUGCCAGGGAACUAUGACUAAAGAGUGUCCCAGCGUGAGGGAGCUGCACAAGGAACUGAAUGAGGUCUCCGAGCUGCUCAACAUCUCCAGCCAGCAAUACCAGGAGGUCCUGCAGGUGGUGCAGCGUCACAUGGACGACACUGUCGGCUGGCUGAGCGACAUGGCAGCCAAGUUCAGCUGGGUCGCAGAGCUCGGCAACAGCACGGUGGUUCCUGAGAGCAUCUUCAGUAUCGCUGCUGUGGUGCCACACAAAGAAGGCGGUGACGAUGGCUCUGCGCUACACACCACUGUGGAGGUCAACAUUCUGAACUCUCCCACAUUCACCCUCAAAGUUCCCGCUGAACUGGAGCUCCAGGACCCUGCCUUCAUUCAUUAUGUGGCCCAGGAGGCCCUGGGAAUGUAUAAACAGAUGGUGAGCAAUGAUGUGGCCUGAAGAAGCAUUGGGUGGAAAGCUACUCUCGACUUCUGGCACAAGGAAUACGGGA